CAACUACAGCUGCUGGGCGUGGUCCACGUUGAGCUGUGCUGUUCGAGUGUAUCUGGGGAUUCCCAAAGAAAGCGAGGAAACCAAGGCCUGAGCUCCUGGGGUGGUGGGCAGGGGCGGGGGAGCGGAAGAAAACAGAUCAUGGAAAGGAACAACAUCAUUGAUUUCAAGGCUUUGGAGAAAGAGCUGCAGGCUGCACUCGCUGCUGAUGAGAAAUACAAACGGGAGAAUGCUGCCAAGUUCCGGGCAGUGGAACAGAAGGUGGCUUCCUAUGAGGAGUUCAGGGGUAUUGUCCUUGCAUCACAUCUGAAGCCACUGGAGCGGAAAGACAAGAUAGGAGGAAAGAGGACUGUGCCCUGGAACUGUCACACUACUCAGAGAGGGACCUCCCAGGAGGAGGCCACUGAAAUCUCCCAGGAGAAAACACUUCUCCAGCCCAAGACCUCCGCAGAGUUCUACCGUGCUUGGCGGCGACACCUGCGGAGUGGGCCAGAGCGCUACCAGGCCCUGCUGCAGCUCGGAGGUCCAAAGCUGGGUCACCUCUUCCGGAUGGACGUGGGGUUCGGACUUCUAGGGGAGCUGCUGGUGGCACUGGCCGAACACGUGAGGCCAACCGACCGGUUGGUGGUGCUAGGGAUCCUGCGCAGCCUGGCCAGCACCGGGCGCUUCACCCUGAACCUGAGCCUGCUGAGCCAGGUGGAGAGAGAGGCCUGCAGAGGCCUGUUUCAGAAGCUGCGGGCCAUGAGUACUCUCAGGCCCACAGAGGAGGAGGAGGGGCUCGGCCAGGAGGAGGAGCGGGGUCUGGAGGAGCUGCCUGGUGAGAUCCAGGAGGAGGAAAGGCUCUUGCAAGAGUUGCUGGGGGUGUACCAGGUGGAUUGACCCGACCGGUUGCCUCCAGAGCCCCCCAGUGGUCACUGGAGGCUUUUUCUGCUUGUUGUCCUGGGGGCUCUGCAGGACUGUAAUGAGAAGCCCACACCUGAUUUCCUUCUCAGCUUGGAAUUUUCAGAGCAAAUAAAAGAAUCGAAUCUUCCUGA